AGCGUAAGCCCCGCCUCCAGCAGUCAUUGGUCAACGAGCCGUGUUACAAAACACCAACCACACGUGAGAAAAGUGUGCAUCCAGCGACGCAAUUCUCUUUUAUUUCAGGUGUGCAGGCAGGGAAUGCAUGCUUCAUAUUAGGCUGUUUUCUACGGGCUUGUACAUCAGAUACACGCUACUCAGCGACCCAAACACACUUCUACAUUACAGCAGUAUGUCUGCAAGCAAGCGCACGCUGAAGCGCCGGAGAGAGUCACCGGACAGCGCCGCCGGGACACAGCCGAAGCUCGCCGGAGGAAGCGCGAGAGAGUCCGGCUGGCUGCUGGAGGACGUGACCGAGCACCGCAAAGCAGCGCAGGGAUGCGAGUUCAACAAAAAGCGCCUGCGUUAUUUAUCAGACACCCAGAAAAUCACACAGGGCUCUGAUGGGCUCCUCUACUGGAUGUGCCGCGACCACAGAGUCCAAGAUAACUGGGCACUGAUCUAUGCUCAGCAGCUGGCCUUGGCUGAGAAACUUCCUCUGCACAUCUGCUUCUGCUUGGCGCCUCGAUAUUUGGAUGCGACCUACAGACAGUACGCCUUUAUGCUAAAAGGACUGCGAGAAGUGGCAAAGGAAUGCAAAAGCUUGGAUAUUCAGUUCCAUCUGCUGUCGGGAGAACCUGGACAGAAUCUGCCAAGCUUUGUUAAAAAGUGGAAGUUUGGAGCAGUUGUCACUGACUUUAACCCUCUCAGAAUCCCUCGCCAGUGGAUUGAGACUGUUAAGAAACACCUUCCGGCUGACGUGCCCUUCAUUCAGGUCGAUGCACACAACGUGGUGCCUUGCUGGGAAGCGUCUGAGAAGCUGGAAUAUGGAGCCAGGACUAUCCGGGGCAAAAUCACUAAACUUCUUCCAGAAUUCCUCACAGAGAUUCCUCCUGUGGACACUCAUCCACACUCCGCUUCUCGUGCAGCAGAGCCAGUAGAUUGGGAGGAGGUGCUGUCGUCUCUUGAGGUGGAGCGCAGUGUUGGAGAGGUGGACUGGGCUCAGCCUGGCACCUCUGGAGGCAUGGCCAUGCUGGAGUCCUUCAUUGACCGACGACUGCGUCUCUUUGCCACUCACAGGAACAAUCCCAACUGUGACGCCCUCAGCCAUCUCUCCCCCUGGAUCCACACCGGUCAGUUGUCUGCUCAGCGUGUCGUGAAGCAGGUCAAACGAAAAAAGAACGCCAGCGAGACCGUGGCAUCUUUUGUUGAGGAACUGGUGGUGCGCCGGGAGCUCGCUGACAACUUCUGCUUCUACAACCCGAACUAUGACAACAUUUCAGGUGCAUAUGAUUGGGCGAAGAAGACUUUGCAGGAUCACGCUAAGGAUCGCAGACAGUACCUUUACACGAAAGAGCAGCUGGAGAACGCCAAAACCCAUGACCAGUUGUGGAACGCUGCACAGCGUCAGCUGGUGUCAGAAGGGAAGAUGCAUGGGUUCCUGCGCAUGUACUGGGCAAAGAAGAUCCUGGAAUGGACUGCGUCCCCUGAAGAAGCCCUCUCUAUUGCUAUUUAUCUGAAUGACCGUUUGUCUUUAGACGGCUGCGAUCCCAACGGAUACGUGGGCUGCAUGUGGUCCAUCUGUGGCAUCCAUGACCAGGGCUGGGCAGAGAGGCCCAUCUUUGGCAAAAUUUGCUUUAUGAAUUAUGCUGGCUGACGGAAGUUUGAUGUGGCACAGUUUGAGAGGAAGUACGCUGCUAUAAAGGAGAACUCCAAUAAAGAUACCAAGAAAUCUUCUUUCAACAACUGACACACAAAAUUUCAGUUCUCAGUGUUUGUACUGGUUUUAGGGGCCUUUUUCUGGCAGACAUUUUUCUGUAGUGAGUGGAAGUUUAUUAAUAACUUUGGUCUGAUGUUACAAAGUACUCCGUGUGCGUUGCAGACUUCAAAAAUGCAAUGUAUAGACAUUUUACAGGUUUCUGCGUUUUUUUUUUUUUUUUAUGUACUGUGGUGGAAGAAUUAAUUACCAUAAAUAAAACAUUUUUUAAGAC